AUGGAAGAUCUGCAGCGGGAGCGGGAACGGGUGGAACGACGCCACCUCCGCGAGAAAAAAGAGCUGCAGGACCGCAUCCAGACCAUGAAAAAUGCGGUGCCUAAGAGCGACAAGAAGAAAAGAAAGCAGUUGCUCCUAGACGUGGAGCGCCUUGAGGCCGAAUUGGAGCAGAAGCAUCAGCAGGAGCUGGAGAAGUUCGGGGAAGUUUACCCUGAUACCACCAACCUCGAUGCCGUCGCUGCAGGUCUGGCGAAGAUGAAUAUUGAGAACCGCCCGCCCCGCCUGUCGAAAGUGCAGAAAAGGCGCGAAAGAAGGGCGGCGCAAGAGAGAGAGCGCCAGAAGAUGGCGGAGGAGGCUGGUGUGGAUUACCUGUCUGCCCACCGCCGCAAGGAAGAGGAGAAGCUGGCCGCCAUCCUCGCAGCCAAGAACCUGGAGAUGAAGUACAUCCCGGUCGACAGCCACUGCAUGUACCGUGCCAUCCAAGACCAGCUGUCUACCUCCGAGACGCUGGAGUGCCUGCGGAGCCGCACCGCUGACUACAUGCGACAGCACAUCGACGACUUCCUGCCGUUCUUCAGCGACCCCGAAACCGGCGAUUCCUACAGCUCCGACGACUUCUUGAGCUACUGCGACGACAUCGAGCACAACGCGUCGUGGGGAACCCAGCUGGAGCUGAGGGCCCUGUCGCACGUCCUGCAGUGUCCCAUCGAGGUGGUCCAGACCCCGGCGCCCGCCUUCGUCGUCGGGGAGGAGUACACCGAGAAGCCGCUGGUCCUCGUCUACGUGCGUUACUGCUCCAGCUUCGGGGAUCACUACAACUCGGUGAAGCCGCUCCCAGCCGGCGCCGUUGGGGGCGCCGCCCCGCGCUUCUUCUAG